UCAAGACCUUUGCGGGACUGGACUGGAUCGGAUUACAUAAAUAAGCUACCCAUUCACCCUUCAUCGUCAGAGUCAGGCCCUGAUCCUGUCACUCUUAUUCAUUUUAUAUCCUCAUCCAACAUCUUAACCUCCCUCAGCCUUCCACCCCUUAUACCAACCCGUUUAUUAUUGAUUAACCACUCGACUGGUAUUUAUUUACUGGACAUUUUGAAAGGGCAUUCUAUAUCUCAAGUUGCCCAUCGACGUCACGACUUAAAGGCUUCAAUUCAUAAACAACCAUUUAUUUUUCAGUUUUAUACCCUAUCAAAACAAAACUCAGCCAUCAUGAGUCCCCACAGCGAGAUUUCUUUCUCUGGUUCAGAUGCUGCCGUCUCCAACGGUACCAGCAACGGUAUCAACGGACAUUCUAACGGCACAAACGGUUUCAGCAACGGUCACAUGAAUGGUCACAGCAACGGCAACGAUGCUCCCACAGCCGUCCGCCAUGGACCUCGCGUUCACAAGGAGAGAUCACGCCACCUCGAGACAGCCCCCGUAGACUCAGAAUUCGAUCUCAUCUGUGCCGGUUUCGGUCCUGCUUCUCUGGCUGUGGCCGUUGCUAUGCACGAUGCCAUCGCCGAAGGCCGAAAUCUCCGCCCUGACGGCACAGCACCCAAGGUUCUUUUCCUCGAGAAGCAGCCCAAGUUCGCUUGGCAUGCCGGCAUGCUGCUCCCGGGCGCCAAGAUGCAAAUCUCCUUUAUCAAGGAUAUGGCAACUCUCCGCAACCCACGAUCUGAGUUCACUUUCCUCAACUACCUCCACAGCCAGGGUCGUCUAGUUGACUUCACCAACCUGGGCACUUUCUUGCCUGCCCGUACUGAGUACGAGGACUACCUCCGCUGGUGCUCUUCUUGGUUCGACCACGUCGUCAACUAUAACAACGAGGUCCUUUCCAUCUCCCCCGAGAAUAAAGAGGCUGGUGCCGUCAAGACUUUUACUGUCCAAGCCCGUAAUGGCAAGACUGGCCAGAUUCAGUCUUUCCGCAGCCGACAUGUUCUUGUUGCCGCUGGUGGUCAGCCCUCUCUCCCCAAGAGCCUUCCCGCAAAGCACCCUCGUGUUCUACACUCUUCCCAAUUCGCCAACUACGCCCCUCAAAUCCUGACCAAGCAGAACGCUCCCUACCGAGUUGCUGUUAUUGGUGCCGGUCAAAGUGCUGCCGAGAUCUUCAACAAUGUCCAGAACCUGUACCCUAACUCCAAGACGUACCUCAUCAUGCGCCAGGAGUUCCUCCGCCCUAGUGACGACUCACCUUUCGUGAACUCCAUCUUCAACCCUGAGUAUAUUGACAACCUGUGGCCACGAUCUGUAAAGGCUCGUGAGACACUGCUUACCGAGGCUCGCGCCACCAACUAUGGUGUUGUUCGUCUAGAGCUAAUUGAGCACCUUUUUGAGAAGAUGUACGAUCAGAAGCGUGAGAUUAGCGACGAUGAGACCCAAUGGCCCCACCGAAUCCUCUCAGGACGCGAGAUUGCCAGCGUCGACACCAAGGGCGAUGCUCUCGAGAUCAAGGUUCAGCGCGUGAACGAUGGUCCCCUUGACGGCUUCGUCGACCAGGAGACCUUUGACGUUGACUUGAUCAUUGCUGCUACUGGUUACAAGCGAAGCGCCCACAUCGACAUGCUCAAGGACGCCUGGACGAUGCUCCCCAAGACCGUGUCGGGACGCAACGAGUCCCCCAAGGGAGCCAACGGCUGGAACGUUGAGACACAAGACGGAGAGCGUAAGCUUGCUGUCGCAAGAGAUUACCGGGUCAAGUUCUCACCUGGCACCGUUGCCGAUGACUCUGGCGUCUGGCUGCAAGGCUGCUGUGAGGGUACCCACGGAUUGAGCGACACACUUCUUUCUGUUCUGAGCACACGUUCAGGCGAGAUAGUUCAGUCUAUUUUCAAGCAGUAAAUUGUCACGAGAGCAUGGAUGAAUGGAAUGUUUACUUGAAAGUGUUAUUGGUUAGCACGGGCAGCGAAAAUUGUUGAUUGGACUCGAAGCAGAAGUUCUCUGGCUGGCAUCUUUUUUUUAUAUCCUAUUUUUUUUAUAUCUCCCUUUGUUUUCAAUGUUAUCAUUGUCUAGAGAUGGUGCGAACAAAAAGGUGGAAUUUGUUUUGUGGUGUUUUGUAGAUAUUAUUAGAACCAUACCAUUACAUGAAGAAAUGUGUAUAU